GCCGGCCCGUUUCUGACGUCACUGCUACGUUGUAAUUCAGGGGCCCUGAUGGGCAUUGGAGAUGUGGUCUCUCAGCAGCUGGUAGAGCAGAAAGGCCUGAGGGGGCACAGUGGCCGCAGGACCCUGAGGAUGAUGACAAUCGGCUUCUGCUUUGUGGGCCCUGUGCUGGGAGGCUGGUACAGGCUGUUGGAUCGGCUUGUCCUUGGCAGCACAAAGACAGUGGCUGUGAAGAAGAUGGUGCUGGACCAGGUUGGCUUCGCCCCUAUCUUCCUCGGCAGCUUCCUUGCCAUCGCUGGCGCGGUCAACAGUCUGUCUGCAAAAGAGAACUGGGAAAAGAUCCAGCGGGACUAUGCUGAUGCCCUUGUCACCAACUACUAUAUCUGGCCGGCAGUGCAGGUUGCCAACUUCUACUUCAUCCCCCUGAACUACAGGUAUGAGCAGGUCACACUGCACCCUCCCACUGCUAGCCCAGCACCCUCCUAGCCCAGGUGCCUUCCUCUUCCUGCACCCCCUGGCCCUGUCCAGGCCUCCAGGCAGAACAACCCCACGCAUCCUGCUCCCCUACCCAGCCCAAACACCCCAGCAUGCCUUGUACCCCAUGCAAGUCCCCCCACACCUGCCCCUCCUUCCACUGGCCCAACACUUCCCAGCUGCCUCU